CGUGCCUUCCGUAGAAGAUACGAUAGAUGUGGACCCAGUCGGCGGCACGGGCCGUUUUCGCUCGCCCGCUGCACGUCAACGUGAAACCAUCGUGCCACGACUUUUGUGUAACCGCGUGAGUGCAUGGGGUAGCGUGGUGUAUGACCGGUUCGGCAGCAGUUGAAGGGAUGUAAUGUGAUGUUCGCAUAUGCACAAUGGCGGAAUACUGGAAGUCCACACCAUCAUACUGGUGCAAGUUCUGCCAGGUUUACGUCAAAGACACCGGCAUCGAGCGUAAAGCGCAUGAGAGCAGUGGGCGCCACCAAGGUGCCAUUCAGCGCAAUCUUAGGGAGCUCGCGAAGGGCAAAGCGCGGGACGAGCGUGACAAGCAACGAGCCAAAGACGAGGUCGCUAGGCUUAACGGACUCGUUGGCGGCAAGUCUUCUGCGGCGAGCAAGCCUGCUAUUUCAGGCUUUCAAGAUCUCGGCAGACAGACCGCCGCGCCCAGGUCGGCUUUGGACCCGGCGGCUCAGCGCAAGGCUCAUGCUGAGCAAUUACUCGCGCUGGGUGUGCAACUCCCGGAGGAUCUGAAGAGAGAAGUCACCGGUGUUGGUGAAUGGCAGACGGUGUCUGAGCGAGUAAUCGAGACCGAACUUACGCCCGUGAUGUCUGCGGACGUUAAGAAGCAGGAAGAUGAUGAGAAAGACGAUGUUAAGCCAGAAGCUAUCGGUAGGGGCGUGCGCAAGCGCACCGCGGACGACGAUACCGAAGAUGCAGUAUCGAAGCGGCGGCCUUGGGGCAGCAGUAUGAAAAGUUACCCAGGUGGCGGUGGCACAGCAGACAAUGCAAAUCUGGACGAAUUGCUGUCGGGUAUUACGAAGAAGCAGCCAGAUGUGAAGGAAGAGGAGAACGCCGACGGAGUGGCUCUCAAGCGAGAAGAGUCGGCUACAGAGACGCCGCUGGCAAGCGUACCUGAUGCUAGUGGGCCCGCUGUGGCUGUCAAGCAAGAAGAAGCUGAGAAUGUGCCUGCAGUCGUCUUCAAGAAGCGCAAGGUUAAGAGAUGAGGUAUAGAUUGAAGCAUGUGUGACCCACUCGGACGUUCCCGUUGCGCCUCUAUAUACCAUAUCGUCCUUCGAGGGAAGGGCUACCCACCAAGCGAAGACACCAUGGAAACCCAGCCCAAAGAAGCCAAAGCUAAGACCGCCACAAUCCACCUGGCACGUGAUACGCUUGGGCUCCUCCGCUUGUGUCUCAAAUGUAGGGCUGUCUUUGGAUCCUCUAGACGCUGCAGCCUUGUCAUAGGGACUACGUGCACCAUUCAUGACAGCUUAGUCGGUGGGAAUGCGAGCA